AUGGAAGAGGUUUUCGCGCCGGAAGAAGAGCCUCCAGUCCUUCCCAGAACUCUGGAGCUGGAGCGCGACCAUUCCUUCGAGGUGGUCUUUCGGCAGAUGCAGGUGCUUCAUUUGCAGCUCAGACAGCUCCAUGAAGCCGCUCUCAGCCGGGCGAGGAAGAAGGUGAAGUCAUCACGUACCCAAUCUGUGGAGUCGGAGCCGAUGGAAAGCCGAUGGUUUGUGGAUGAGGAUGCCUCGGAGCCGGGGAGCUUCAACGAUUUGAACAGAAAGAGUUCCGGGGAAGCUUCCGAAGGAGUUGAUUCUGGAGCAUUGUCAAGGUCCCUAGCCAGUUCACGACAUCGCCGGCCCGGUCUUCCAGGCUCCCUUGACUGUGAACCCGUCCAGUCCGUCGAGGCUCCGAGGAUGUUAACGGCUUCAGUUUCUUCCAAUUUGAAGCCGACGACCACGAUGUCACGGUUGAUGAAGCGGGCCAGACGAGCCACCAAUAAGAUUCAGGAUAACGUCGAGGCGGAUGAGGACACCAAUGCCUUUCACCUCCGUGACGAGUGGAGCUUUUCCGAUGAGCAUCUGCAAGCCUUGAAGCGGAUGGAGAAACAGAUGGGUGCCACCAGGACACAGAGGUCCUCCCACACAAGGACCAUUUCAGCAGAGCCCUAUUUGCGGAAGAAAAGGGUUGCCGCGGUUCCACCGUGCUAUGUCAUGCAUCCAAAUGCUAGGAUGAGAAUGACUUGGGACAGCCUGGCCAUUGUGGCCAUCUGUUUGGAAAUCUCUGUGUCACCCCUAUUCCUCUAUCGGCUCACCCAGGUGGAGGAGAAAGUGGCGGACAUUAUCAGCUGGACAUUGACAUCAUUUUGGGCUUUGGACAUUGUGGCAUCAUUUUUCACUGCGAGCUAUGCCAAUGAUACCCUUUCCUUUUCACUUGCGGACAUCGCCAAGGGAUACCUCAAAUCAUGGUUCCUGUUUGAUAUCACCAUGCUGGUUCCUGACCUAGUGGGUGUGGUGCUUGAGUUAGGCGAUGGGCCCGUGGGCAUCUUUCGUCUCUUGAAAGUACGCCGCAUUCUCCGACUGCUUCGUUUCGUUCAGAUUCUGAAAGUCAUGAAAGUCAGUAGGUUUCUGGGCGGCUUUCGUGCGGCUCAAUCCCAAAUCCAGGUGGGCAUGUGUCCUUUGGCUGUGCCACUUCUCUGUGCAACGUUGGUUCUGAUGCUGGCUGCACAUGUGCUGGGAAGCAUAUGGUUUGCCGUGGGUGACACAGAAAAGGGUUGGGUCAGAGCCGAGAAUUUGCACACAGCAGUCCUGGGCAGGCAAGUUUCCAGGAGUUUGGAGUGGGCAUUGUCCAAAUUGCCAUCCUCAUCCUUGAGAAUCAGCGUGGAACUGGAGACUGCUGCCGAGCGCUGGCUGGGCAUCAUGGGCACCGGCAUCUCCAUUGUGUCCGGCUCGAUCUUCGUGAGUUUCGUCACCAACACCAUGGCCAAUGUGACUCGGAGCACCAUCCGCAACACACAGGUGCUGCGGUCGGCGCAAAAGUAUUGCCGCUUGCAUGGGAUCCCUUAUUCAUAUUCCAUCCAGAUCAAAAGGUACAUCGAACGCGAGCGACGCCGCUUUGAAUUUGGUAGUCACAUGCAACUGCUGCGGGAACUCCCGGAUGGGAUGGUACGUGAACUCUUUCAAGAGGCUCGCUCUCAGACGCUUCACUACCAUGCAUUUUUCAAAGAUGUGGGUCUGAACAACUAUUCCAUGGAAGUUGAUCUUUGCAGUGAGGCAGUAUCUGAGAUCUACCUUCUUGCAGGCGACGUCGCUUUUGAUGCCAAGAAAAAGGGCCAAGGUAUGUAUAUCAUGUCUGAUGGCUUGGGUAUCUACCAGAGCAGCUUGAUGCCAGCAUGUAUGCCCCGGAGAGAAACAGAUGCCAGUGUGAAACCAAUGAUUAAUCAUAUCCUCCCAGCUUUCUUGAAGAUUGACACAGUCACAUCCGCGGAACCUAUGCCUUCCCAGACCCUCGAGCUUGGCGAGCACAUUGCUGAGCCAGCCUUGUGGGUGAAAUCUUGGAGGCACCGGGGAAAGUUCCAAGCAUUGCUGGACUCCCGUCUGCUGCUGGUGUCAGCAGAGGAUCCCUUUUCAGUGCUGCAGGAGCACAGCGAAGAACUGGUGAGUGCCAUUGUGUACGCCCGCCUUUUUCUGCAUGAGUUGAAUAACCCCGAUAGAGAUUCGCAAGUGACAGACUUACCCAUAGUAUCCCGGUCAUGA